AUGGAGCUGCCGGACUUGGGCAGGCACUGCUCGGAGGUCGCCUGCCGGCGCUUGGACUUCCUUCCUUUGAAGUGUGAUGCAUGUGGGGAAGUCUUCUGUAAAGACCAUAUCCGAUAUGAUGACCACAAGUGUAGUUCUGCCUACAAAAAAAAUGUGCAGGUUCCGGUGUGUCCACUCUGUAAUGCCCCUAUCCCAGUGCAGAAAGGGGAAAUACCAGAUGCUGUGGUUGGAGCGCACAUGGAUAAGAACUGCAAAUACAAUCCAGCUCAGAAACAGAAGAUCUUCACAAACAGGUGCUUAAAGCCUGGCUGCAAAAGGAAGGAGCUGAUGAAGGUGGUUUGUGAGCAGUGCAGUGGGAACUUCUGUAUAAAACAUCGGCAUCCUCUGGAUCAUGACUGCAAAGGGAGUAGCCACCCCGUCUCCAAGGCUGGAUAUGCAGCUCUGAUGAGAGCCUCUGAAACUGCCUUCAAAUCACCAGGAGCAAUUGGAAUGCCCUCUCAUGGGAAUCUUCAGCACAACAGAUGCAGAUAGUAGAAGCUGUUCAUGCUCCUGGA